UUACGAACCCGUCAAACAAAUUCAAUGACCCAGAAGCCGAUCACACUAAACAUCUCUCUCUCUCACUCUUUUCUCUCUAGUGUAUGCUCUUACUCAUGCCAGUAUCUUCUUGACCUGCUCAGAAAUGGCGUCGAAAGGGAAGGGAAUAGCCGACGGUAACGAUUCAUUCGGAAAGAGAAAACGAGACGACGGUAAUGGUGGUAAAAGCAAGAGAAAUCGCAGCAUUCUACAGUUCUUCGAAGACACUGCCGUUGAAGAUGGCGGUGCCAGCGAUAGCGGCAGCGAUGACUUUUUUGAUGAUGAUUUCUUGGCCGAUUAUUUAGAGGAUCCUAAAGUCAAAAGUGAGCCUGGAAAAUUUGUUCAGGUCCCUUUUAUCCCUAAAGAAGAAGAGUUGAGUGGUGAUGAACUGGAGAAAAUGAUAACAGAGCGUUAUAGGAGGGGGUAUGUUAGGUAUGCUGAAGAUGAUAAUGAGUCUAAAAGAUCUGUAGACAAUAGUGAACUUAUGCCUUCUGGGGAACCGACCAUCUGGAAGGUUAAAUGUAAGGUUGGGCGAGAAAAAAAUACUGUGUUUUGCCUGAUUCAAAAGUAUGUAGAUUUGAAAGUCUUAGGAACAAAGCUGCAGAUAAUAUCUGCAUUUGCUGUGGAGCACAUUAAAGGAUUUGUAUUUGUUGAAGCAGAAAGGCAGUCUGAUGUAGCAGAGGCAUGUAACCAGCUUGCUGAUGUAUACUUUAGCCUUGUAACACCUGUACCGCCAAAUGAAGUUGGUCACCUCUUGGUUGUUAAAAAGAGGUAUCAUGAAGUCAAAGAGGGUUCAUGGGCACGGGUAAAGAAUGGAAUCUACAGGGGUGACUUAGCACAGGUGGUGGCUAUCAACAAUGAGCGAAAAAGAGCAACAGUUAAGUUGAUCCCAAGAAUUGAUUUGCAGGCUCUUACAGCAAAAUAUGGUGGUGGUGCAAAUUCAAAGAGAACAAAGGGAACUGUACCAGCAGCAAGAUUGAUAAGCUCAUGUGAUCUGGAGGAGUUUCGACCUCUCAUACAAUACAGGCGUGAUCGCGACACUGGAAAAAUGUUUGAAUUUCUUGAUAGCCUGAUGCUGAAAGAUGGGUUUUUGUAUAAGAAAGUAUCCAUUGAUUCUUUGAGUUUUUGGGGUAUUAAUCCCACACAAGAUGAACUUCAGAAGUUCACGAUUUCCAGCAAUGAUGAUUCUGGUAAUCUGGAGUGGCUUUCACAACUUUAUGGAGAGCCAAAGAAAAAGUCAAUUGUGAAUAUUGAUAAAGGAGGUGGUAAGGGAGGUGGUAAAGGAGAGGGUUCAUCUGGAUCUCAUGAGCAAUCUAGCUUUGAAGUCCAUGAUCUUGUUCAUUUUGGGAAAAGAGAUUUUGGUAUGGUUGUAGGCAUAGAGAAGGAUGAGAGCUACAAGAUUUUAAAAGAGGGUUUAGAAGGACCAGCGACAUUGAAUCUAGGACAAAAAGAUUUGAAGUAUGUGCCUCUAGAGAAGAAAUUUACAGCUUUAGAUCAUCGUAUGAAGACAAUAUCAACAAAUGACACUGUCAGAAUUGUAGAGGGACCCAUCAAGGGACGGCAGGGAAUUGUGAAGCAAGUUUACAGGGGGAUCAUUUUUUUAUAUGAUGAAGAUGACUUGGAUAAUGCUUAUUUCUGCACAAAAUCCCAGAUGACUGAGAAAGUGAAGCAUUCUGUCACUGCUUGUCUUGGAAAGGAUGACGGAGGGCCAUCGUGCUUUGAAGAUGUUCCUUCCUCUCCUAAGUCACCUUUGUCUCCUCAAAAACCAUGGCAGAGAGGAAAUAAUGCUGAUGCAGAUCAGACCGAAAAAGAUGGAAUAUUCUCUGUUGGUCAGUCAGUAAGAAUUCGAAUUGGUCCCUUAAAGGGAUAUCUCUGCCGUGUCUUAGCCGUUCGUUAUUCUGAUGUCACUGUGAAACUGGAUUCCAAACAUAAGGUUCUUACAGUUAAACGAGAGCAUCUUUCUGAGGUUCGUGGAAAGAAUUCGGCCUCAGCAAUUGGAGAUCAUCCAGAAACGAGUUCUCCAUUUAAACCAUUCGAUUUACUUGGCACUGAAGGCAACACGAACGAUUGGUUACCACAAGCUAGCAGUUCAACAAUUGGUGAUGGUUGGAAUGUUGGAGGGUUGUCAAGUGAAAGGAGUGCUUGGCCUGCCUUUCCGUCCUCUGGUGCUUCGCUUCAAGCAGGUACUGCUGCAAAUGAUCUACCUUCUUCUGCUGAAGAUACUGCUUGGCUCAGUAAAGUUGCUGUCAGUGAUGAAACAGCUGUUGGUUGGGGGAAAGGAAAAGCCCCUGUUGGAGAUCAUGGAAACUCAUGGAGCGUUGGUGGAUGCAGUUCAAGUCAAGAAAAAGCAGAUAAUGAGACUGACCCAUGGAUGCAGGGACAAAAAAAUGCAAAUGCAAGUGGUUGGUUGAGUCAAAGUGCUGAGAAGGGCCAGCCUGAUUCUUGGGACAGUGGAAAACGUACUGAUGAGCAAGGAGGUUGGAACAAUAUUGGUUCAUCUGGUGACCCUGGAUCUUCUGGCUGGGGUAAACAGAAAACAUGUACAAAAAGUGCAUCUUGGGGCAAUGGUUCGGAAUCCGGUGAACAGAGCCUUGGUAAAGCAGGUGGGGUUGCAUCAGCUGAACCUAAGUGCCCUAGUGCUCCAGCUGAAGAUUCUUGGGGUAAAGCAGCAGAUGGGUGGGGCACAAAGAAUACAUCAAGUAAGAUCAGCGGAUGGGGUAGCACAGCAGCUGUUUCGCAGUCUCAAGCUGUGGAUUUGGCUGAAACAAAUACGGGCUGGGGCCAAAAAGAUGGGCAAAAUGUAUCUGUUCCAUCUGAGGAUCCUUGGGGAAAAGUGGUAGAUAAGAAGGGCGACCAGGGUAAUUCAAACAGAGGAAAUGGAUGGGGAAGCUCUGUUAAUAAUCCAUUCUGUCAUAACAAAGGAUGGGAGACUAGGUCUGGGGGUUUUACAAACUCACAAGAGCAAAAUACAGAUACUCGUGGGAGGGUUUCUGCUGGGUGGAAGAGUGGUGGAGAUGGUGCAGGGGGCAGUUGGAGCAGAGGAUUUGGUGCUGAUAAUAAAGGUGGAAAUGACUCCUGGGGGCAAGCAAAGAACUUCGAGGAUAAUAGAGGAUUAAACAGGGGCCGUGGCCCAAGUGGGAGGGGUCGUGGCCGUGAUCAAUAUGGAAGAGGAAGAGGAAUAUCAUUUGACAAAGAUCAAUUUUCUGGAUUUGGUAAUGACAAUCAAGAUAAUUAUUCUUCUGGAAACAAAGGCUGGAAGGACCAGCCUGGGCCAUCUUGGGGAAAUUCAUCUGUAGAGAAUGAUGGACUGGCAAGUAGUUGGGACAAGGGCAAAAGCUGGAGUGACAACAAGGGGGAUGGCUGCAAAGGGUGGAAUAAGUCGAACGAACCUGAUAAGAAUGGUGGUGGUUGGUCUUCAGAAAAAAGUUCUCUACAAACUGGUUGGAAUGGUACCUCAAGGAACUCUGAAAGUGAUCAAGAGCCUGGUUGGGGGCAAGGAUCAGGUGGGAGAAGAGGAGGCAGAGGUUUCCGUGGAGGCCGUGAUCAAUCUGGUAGAGGUGGUGGUGGUAGAUCAGGUGGUCGAGGGCAAUUUCCAAGCUGGAAAAAUGAAGGCCAAGGUGGUACAUCUUGGGGAGGUGGUAGUGACGAUAAAACAGGUGGAGAUAAACGCGGUUGGAGCAGAGGAAGGGGUACUAAUGGGGGUGGGGAAGACAGUGGAUGGGGAAAGCCAGGUGUAGGUAGUUCUUGGGGAACUGGAAGUGGUGAUAAAACAAGUGGAGAUAAAAGUAGUUGGAGCAAAGGAUUUAAUACUGGUAGGGAAGAUGAAGGAUGGGGGAAACCAAGUGAAGGUGGAUCAUCUUGGGGAGACAAGAGCAGUGAUAAACCAAGUGCAGGCGGAUCGUCUUGGGGUGGCAGAAGCAGUGAUGAACCGAGUGCAGGAGAAUCAUCUUGGGUAGUAAAAAGCAAUGGUAAACCAAGUGCAGGCGGAUCGUCUUGGGGAGGCAGAAGCAGUGAUGAAUCAAGUGCAGGCGGAUCAUCUUGGGGAGGCAAGAGCAGUGGUAAACCAAGUGCAGGCGGAUCGUCUUGGGGAGGCAAGAGUAGUGAUAAACCAAGUGCAGGCGGAUCAUCUUGGGGAGGCAAGAGCAGUGAUAAACCAAGUGCAGGCGGAUCAUCUUGGGGAGACAAGAGCAGUGAUAAACCAAGUGCAGGCGGAUCGUCUUGGGGAGGCAGAAGCAGUAAUGAUCCAAGUGCCGGCGGAUCGUCUGGGGGAGGCAGAAGCAGUGAUGAACCAAAUGCAGGCAGAUCGUCUUGGGGAGGCAGAAGCAGUGAUGAACCAAGUGCAGGUGGAUCAUCUUGGGGAGACAAGAGCAGUGAUAAACCAAGUGCAGGCGGAUCGUCUUGGGGAGGCAGAAGCAGUGAUGAACCAGGUGCUGGCGGAUUGUCUUGGGGAGGCAAGAGCAGUGAUAAACCAAGUGCAGGCGGAUCGUCUUGGGGAGGCAGAAGCAGUGAUGAACCAAGUGCAGGCGGAUCAUCAUGGGGUGGCGGGAGCAGUGAUAAAACAAUUGUUGACAAUAGCACAGGAGGCAGUAGCAAGGGCUGGGGCAAUGGUAAUGAAGCAGAAGAAGAGGAUGGGAAUAAGGCAAGUGGAGGUGGUUCAUCUCGGGGUAGUGGAGGCAAUAAUAAAAAAAGCGGCUGGGGUAAUGAUGUAUCUAAGAAUGCAGGUCAAGGUGGAUCUUGGGGAAAUUAAUGGUCUGACUAUAGAUGUGAUGCCGAAGGUUGGGGAAACUAGCUUUCAGUUUGUAGUCACUCUUCUUACUUAAGGACUAACCUUGUUAUUUUGUAAAUUACAUUGUGUUAUCUGGUCAGCGUCUAGGUACUGUACCAUGUUUUCUGGCAAUGUAAAUAAUUAUACUCAAGAUUCAUCUUACUCUGGUGGUCUUAGCCGUUCCACUCGAGCAAAUCUUGUGUGCUUUAAAUUUGAAGAUUUGAUCAAACCUCGAGCAUAUCUUGUGUGCUUCA